AUUUCUGAGACAAUAAAAGGCAAAACCAGAGAGCUCACAUAUUCUCCCAAACACUUCAAACCACCUCUCUCAUGGGUUCUUUGCCUUCUGACACUCUCGCCGUCGAAAUGACCGACACCCAUGUUCUCGCCGGCGCCGGCGACGGAGCAGACACCACCGAAUGGCUCCUCAAUUCUCCCAAUCCUCCGAGUUUCUGGGAAGAACUUGCCGCCGCCGUCAGAGAAAAUGUCAUUCCACGAAGCUGCACAAAGACCCAUUUGGCAAAGAAGAAGACGAAAACCACUUCUUCAAGCUCUGAAAAACAGAGCAUUUUUAAAGCCACUCUGACCCUUCUGCAGAGCAUGUUCCCAAUCCUCAAAUUGGGCCGAAACUACAAAGCUUCUAACUUCAAAAGCGACAUAAUGGCUGGUUUAACUCUUGCCAGUCUCAGCAUUCCUCAGAGUAUUGGGUAUGCGAAUUUGGCUAAGCUUGAUCCUCAGUUUGGUCUCUAUACAAGCGCUGUUCCUCCUUUGAUCUAUGCUCUAAUGGGGAGCUCGAGAGAGAUAGCCAUUGGCCCAGUGGCUGUGGUGUCGCUGCUUCUUUCGUCUAUGCUGCAAGAGAUUCGAGAUCCUGUUGCAGACCCAGUUGGCUAUAGAAGCCUUGUUUUUACUGUCACCUUAUUUGCUGGGAUUUUCCAAGCAGGAUUUGGACUUCUGAGAUUGGGGUUUCUUGUGGAUUUUCUAUCUCAUGCUGCCAUUGUUGGGUUCAUGGCUGGAGCUGCCAUUCUCAUUGGUCUUCAGCAAUUGAAAGGCUUGCUUGCUAUUAGCAACUUCACGACCAAAACCGAUGUGGUCUCUGUUUUGGAAUCUGUCGUGAGAUCUGCUCACCAGCCUUGGUACCCUUUGAACAUUGUUCUUGGCUGCUCGUUUCUGAUCUUUCUCCUUGUGGCCAGGUUUAUUGGUAGAAGGAAAAAGAAGCUGUUUUGGGUGUCAGCCAUUGCUCCUCUCAUAUCUGUCAUUCUCUCCACUUUGAUAGUGUUUGUGUCAAGAGCUGAUAGACAUGGAGUUAAGAUAGUUAAGGAAGUAAAAGAAGGGUUGAACCCAAUCUCUGUUCAUCAGCUGCAAUUCAACAGCUCAAGUGUUGGCUUAGCUGCCAAAUCUGGCCUCAUUGCAGCCAUCAUAGCUCUCACAGAAGCGAUGGCUGUUGGCCGAUCCUUCGCCUCCAUUAAAGGCUACAACAUUGAUGGGAACAGGGAGAUGAUUGCUAUGGGCUUCAUGAACAUUAUAGGCUCUCUAACCUCUUGCUAUGUAGCCACUGGGUCAUUCUCAAGAACGGCUGUGAAUUUUAGUGCUGGGUGUGAGAGUGUAUUGUCAAAUAUAGUGAUGGCAAUAACAGUGAUGUUGGCAUUGCAAUUCUUCACAAGGCUCCUCUACUUCACUCCAAUGGCCAUUUUGGCUUCAAUCAUUCUCUCUGCUCUCCCUGGUCUUAUUGACAUCAAUGAAGCUCUGCGCAUCUGGAAGCUCGACAAGCUUGACUUUCUUGCCUGUCUUGGCGCUUUCCUCGGUGUCUUGUUUCAUUCCGUGGAAUUUGGCCUUCUUCUUGCGGUCGGAAUUUCAUUUGCGAAGAUAUUGUUGAUAUCGAUGAGACCCGCUAUAGAAGAGGUGGGAAGGCUUGGAAGAAGUGACAUGUUUGGCAACAUGAAGCAAUUCCCUAUGGCCAUGAAAACUCAAGGAAUCUCCAUUGUUAGAAUAAACUCUAGCUUGCUUUGUUUUGCCAAUGCCAGCUUCAUCAAAGACAGAAUAAUGAGAUUGGUUGAAGAAGAUGAUGAUAUUGAAGAAACAACCAAAGAUCAACCUAAGCAACUAGUUGUCGACAUGUGUAAUGUUAUGAAUAUCGACACGUCGGGGAUCAUUGUUCUAGAGGAACUUCACAAGAGGUUGUUAUUGAACGGGAUACAGGUAACAAUAGCAAGUCCAAAAUGGGAAGUGAUUCACAAACUUAAAAGAACCAAUUUUGUUGAAAGAAUUGAAGGAAGGGUUUUCCUAUCAGUGGGUGAAGCUGUGGAUUCAUGCCUUCAAAGUGCUUCCAAAUUGCCUUCUCCUACCAAAGUGCUUGUCACUUGAAACAAGCUUUUCAUGAAAUAAAAUCAAUAUGUGUAUAUAUAUAUAUCUAUAUAUAGCAUCAUGUCAUAUGUACUUGAGUGUGGCACUAGAGACUUAUCAAAUAUAUCUUUUGUUUAUGUGAUAGCGCGAUUAAUUA